AUGGUCGGAGCAGUUUUGACUGGAGUUAUUCACCAGGAUCGAUUUUCUGUGAUACUGAGUGGCGAAUCGAAGUUGGUCGAUGAAAUGAAUUCGAGUAAUUGUGAGGAUAUGAAAAAGGUUUUCACUCUAGCUAUAGAGAGAGCAGCAGCUAAGGAGGAAGACGGCAUGGUUUUGGAUGAAAGUGGAAUUGUAAAUGGGCCAGCUCAUAGUCACAUGCCAACAAGGGCAGAAUUGAUAGUGAAAAAGUGGAGUUCUGUUAUGGACACCUUUUUGAACGAAGUCGUCUGCAGUGAUGUCCCGAGCAGUGAGUCUUUCCCUGGCUUGCCAGGUUCGACUUCGACGUCGACGAACACAUUCGAUGGAAAUUUUGUUUCUGGAUUGAUCUCUUCCACCCUUCGCCAUGUUGUUCAGCAGCGUCUUAAGAUUGCAAAGAGUUUGUUAGCCGUGAUACAACUUUAUGAGGAAGACAGGGAUCGCUUUAAUUAUCACGUGUUCGACUUUCCUGGUCUAGAGGAUCAAUUCAAUGAAUUUAUUGCUCUUUACACCCUUUUUAAUGCUCAACUUUCACUCAAACUCACUAAGGAUAGUGCCCAGGUAUCGCUCUGUAGCUGGUUUAUGGCUGGCGAAGGUGUUGAAUGGGUUCGUGAUGCCCGCUGCUCCAAAUCGGUUGACGAUCGAGCUCGGAACCAGCACAGUUCAAUCAAUUUAAACGAAUUUUCAGUCUGUUUGUACAAUCACCUCAAGCGCUGUUGGCGAGGAGUUUGGCCAACCUAUGAUAAGUAUCACGCUCUCAUGCAAUUGUGCAAUACAUAUGAGAAGUGCAAGCUAGAGGAACUGCGUCCAAUGGUGACAUUUUACAAAGCCAUAGCCUACUCUGGACUAGGUAAACCGUUGAAGGCAAUGGCCGCUUUUAAUGCAGCCGCCCGAGCUGUCACCGACGGGAACGAAGCACUUCUUAUGGCGCUGGCGUCAUUUGAAAAGAAGUCUGAGGAGAUGAAUCUCGGCGACUAUUAUGUCGUCGCGUUACGAUAUCUUAACAAUCAUCGGCACAGCGAAGAAGUUAUUGAGAUGGCGCGAAGUGCCAUAGCGUCGUUGCCACCGGGUCACAAAUGCACAUCUACCAUUUACGCAACCCUCUUCAAUCAUCUGAUCAACCAAGGAAACUGGUCUGACGCGUUGUUGAGCAUCAUACAGAAUACGGAUCCAGAAGUCAAACGAAUGGCUCUCGGUGAGCUGAUCAAGCGCAUGUUGCACGCUAACGACUGGCAGUCCAUCGUGGAUUUGAAUUAUGGCAAGCUAGAAGAGGAGCUGGUGUUUUCUUUCUACAUGAAAAGGAACGAUUUUGAAGCUGCUGCACGCGCUCAGUAUGAAUACGCCUUUGUUCUGCGUACUCAAGCCGAACAGACACCGGAAUUAUUGCGGAAACGACGCGACGCACUUGCUGUAGCGUCUACCCUCCUGGAUCUUUUACCUGAAAACGAUCGAUUUAUAUCGUUCCCAUCUGAGGUAAUUUAUUUUCGUUUGCUGUUUCGAACCCUUCAGGGUAGUUCGCUAAAAAAACUUAGGCCCAAUGAAUGCAUGUUGAGAUACUGCUCUCAUUACAAGUUCAGCUGCCAAAGGAAGCUCGGUGGCAGUGAUGAGUUUAAGCGGCCAGGAAAUAACCAAGAAGGUCGUGUGGCUAUGAGUGACGUCAUAGCUGAUGAACUAAAUAUUGUCUCUCCAGAACGUACUUCUACCCAACAUCGAAUGUUCAUCCUUACAGCGGAAGAACUUUGUGAAGAAUGCGUGGUGGCGAGUGCACGUGUGGCUCUGUUGGUUACUGGAGAAGUUCCCCCUAGUGAUCCGAAAGAAAUAGUGGAAAAGCUCAUCGCUAUUAAAAACUAUGAUGUCGCGUUUGAUGUUUGCAGGCAUUGCAAUGUUUCUGUGUGCGAUCUGCUUUGUGCUGUAACCCAAGAUGCCAUGUCGAUAGAUGCUAAUCCACCCGACGUUUUGCCAUCUUGGGGUACAAGCAAAUCAACGACGCGCUGA